UUCGAUUGAGGUUGAAUGAUUGAAUGACUUGAAUCCUGAUCAAAUUCCUGUUGUUUCUGCUUUGACCUAGAAUAAGAAUAUCUGCCUAGCACCAGCAGAUGGAUGCCAUUUUUACCAGGAGCGGUAAGACCAUAUCUGCUGAUCUUGUCCCGGCCAGACAGGAGGAACCACUACCUGCUUCAGCACUUCCAGCCGACAAUGUAGAAGUGCGGGUGGAGAAGGAGGCCCCUGCUCCCAAGCCACAACCAGUGGUUAAGGAGCAUGUACCCCAGCUUCCCUUCCCCACUUUCCUACACAAAGACAAGCUGGAGACUGAGUUUGCCAAGUUUAUGGCAAUGUUGAAGCAGCUCAACAUCAGCAUACCGUUCGUGGAGGCACUGUCGAAGAUGCCCAAGUAUGCCAAGUUCAUGAAAGGUCUCCUCACCAACAAGAAGAAACUUGGGGAUCUCUCGACAGUGUUGCUGAGCGAGGAGUGUUCUGCUAUCCUGCAGAACAAGCUGCCCGAAAAGCGCAAGGAUCCAGGGAGUUUUACUAUCCCUCUUACUAUUGGCAGCAUGCAUGUAGGCAAGUCCUUGGCGGACCUAGGCGCUAGCAUAAAUGUCAUGCCUUACAAGUUGUACAAAAAGCUAGACCUAGGUGAACUUAGCCCUACUAGGAUGAGCAUCCAGUUAGCUGAUCGUUCUGUCGUGCAUCCUAGGGGAAUCAUAGAGGAUCUGCUAGUUAAUGUUGGUGCAUUCACAUAUCCUGUUGAUUUUGUUAUUCUUGAUAUACAUGAGGAUGUGGAUGUGCCUUUGAUUCUAGGUAGACCAUUUCUUGCCACCGCCAAGGCACUUAUUGAUGUGCAUGAUGGUAAACUGAUCCUGCGUGCUGGGAAUGAACAGGCUACUUUUUAUGUGACUGUAUUUGAUCACUGUGCUAUGAUUGCUGUCACCCCUGUGCAUGCUAUGUCUGAUCAGGUACACGAGCCUGUUGUGUACCCUUCUGCACCUCUUAUUUUGCAGGACCCUCCUAUUAUUCCUUCGCCGCCACUCCAUCCAGCCUCACCUCCGAACAAAAAGCUCAAGGAGGAGUGGCGGCCGAAGCAGCGGGUUGCUAAGCCUGCACGGAAGAAGAGUGGAGACCACUAUGAGCUGGUCCCACCUCUGGCACCACGACCACCCUGGCCGUCUGGGUACUCACUCGCCUGCAUCUUGCCAGAUGGCGAGGUCGAGCUGACCGAUGAUGGUGGUCGCAUCCGUCGGGUGCAUGGACACAACCUGAAGCUGUACCUCAAGAGCGACGUGGAUGCGCUCUUGGAGGCACCUGUUCCUGCACCGCCUUGAGUAUCCACCAUGGGCGUCCAGCUAAAAGACGGUAAAGAAGCGCUUGUGGGGAGGCAACCCCACCACGGUUUGAUUUUCUUUCUUGUGUUUUGAGUCGGAUUGUAAACCAGUUUGGUUUUGGUUUGUUUUCUUUUGUUUUGGAUGAUGUCUUAUUGGGCUGACAUUGGACCUAACCUAUUGUGUUGAGAUCUUCGGUUUCCUCUAGCUGUGCUUGUCUUGACUGGUUCUCUAUCCAGUCCGCUUCACUACGACUGGUCCGCUUCCAGUCUCCUGCAGUCCGUGCAUACCAGUAACAUCGUUCCCUUUUCCUUCCCUCUUCUCCAAUAAUUACACAUGUUUUUA